AUGACUUCUGCACCGAAUGGGCGCAACAAUCGCCCCAGGUCACAGGGAUCGAUCUUCCAAGUCGGCAGCAAACCUCUCCCCAGAGAUCCUGAUCGCAGGGGGAGCUCGGAGAGCGCCCUCAAGUCCCAGAGAACCCUGGACCACUGCAAGAUGCUUGUCCAGGAUUUUAACACCCAGGUGGCUUUGUAUCGUGAACUAGUCAUAUCCAUUGGGGACGUGUCAGUAAGCUGUCCCUCCCUACGGGCUGAAAUGCAGAAAACUCGAACCAAAGGCUGUGAGAUGGCGCUUCAGGCACACCAAAAACUCUCAGCAAUCUCUGGGGCAGAAGAUGGGGAGAUCCACCCUGAAAUCUGCAGACUUUACAUACAGCUGCAGUGCUGCCUAGAAAUGUAUACAACCGAAAUGCUGAAAUCCAUGUGUCUUCUAGGCUCCCUUCAGCACCAGCGGAAAGGAAAAGAGCAUUGUGCUGGUCCAAAGAUCAUAGACUAUAAAACAGAUGACAGCUCAGAAGUUCCCAUCCUAGAAGAUACGUCGUCAUCACCGGUGGAUGUCCAGUACUGCUGGCAGGUUUCCACAGACAUUGAGAACACAGAAAGAGACAUGAGGGAAAUGAAAAACCUCUUAAGCAAACUCAGGGAGACCAUGCCUUUGCCAUUAAAAAACCAAGACGACAGUAGCCUCCUCAACUUGACACCUUAUCCACUCGUCAGAAGAAGAAAGAGAAGAUUCUUUGGAUUGUGUUGCCUCAUCUCCAGUUAAAAAUCAAGAAAAGCCAUUUUUUCCGCAGAUACGCUAUAAUUUGACCUUUGCCGUCAUAUAUCGUAUUGAGGUUGGUUAAUUCAUUAUGUAUUCAGUGUUGCCUAAACUGCCUUGUUUCAAAACUUGUAUAGUUUGAAGAUGAACGCCAUGAUUACGAAUCGGUGGAGGAAGAAGCAAGUGAGAUGAAGCCAUCAAUGAUGGCUGGAUACACGACAAGGGACCUUCUGAACAAUUCGAUGUUCAUGGCAUACAAUAAAUAUGCAAAACGCUUUGAUGUCCUAGUAUUGUGCUAUAGGAAAACCAUUCCAUCGGCAUCACAAUGGAGGUUAACUAUGGAUAAUAGUGGCAGCAAUUAUUAUGCGAAUAUUGAUGUAUCAAGGCCAAUAACUGUACUUUGUAUUUUCAGUUCGUUCUCUCUUGUCUCGAUCAUACUUAGUCUUCCACAAUGCAUCAGGAUUUUGUCCAAGAGCUCAGCCAAGUUUCUACCCUACUAGCUAGAGGAUGAAAAUAAAGUAUUUAUGGCUUGUACAUAUAUUGUAAUCUUGAUGACGAUCAUCAGUAUUUUCCUUUCAAUCGAAUGGUGUGAUUUUCACAAUUUUGAAGAUGUUAUAUAUAUAUAUAUAAAUAUAUUACAAUAGUGUAUUCAAAUCCCCGAUAUAUCCUCAUGACCUAGAGAGACAGUUUAUCAUAUAUUGUUACUAUAGGAAGUUGAAGCAUGGUGUCUGCAUAUUGACAUAGUGUUAAAUCUGAUAGGGCAUGCCAGACUUAGCUCAGA